AUGUUGACUCAACGUCUUGAAAAUGAGAUCCCCCGGACUAGCGCUUUGAAAGUAGUGACAAAUAUUGCUAGAUCUUCUGUUCCUAAAGGAGAAGCAUUUGAUCAAUGGAUUCAAGAUAUCUUACCUCUUACAGCUGCCUUUUUGCGAAGAAAGAAUCGAGCUUUGAAAAUCUCCUGUUUUGAAUGUUUGGAUGCACUCCUUCAAUGUGAUCCUGGUAAACUACGACUGGAUACGAUUCAUUCAUUAGUGUAUUAUUUACAUCCACUCAUCAACAGUUCUGAUCCCCAUUUAUUACCUCUUACCUUUAAGACUUUGGGAUUGAGUUUCCCUGUGGCAUCUGAUUUGACAUCUACUGAUAGAUAUGCUAUUAAGGCACCUGAUAAUGCAUCUAACUUACGCAAUGCAUUAGUCAGUACAGUUGAUACUUCAAUCGCAUUAUCUCAAGCUAAAAGUAGUGUGAAUUUCAAUCCUAAUACUGGUAGUGGAAGUAAUGGAAAUCAUGCCACUGGACUUCAAUCUUAUCAAACUUAUUCAUGCUGCAUUGGUGAAUUAGGUAGAGUCGUCUUUUUACCUGUGAUUUUCCAAUUGAUGCAAGGAGAUAACAAACAAAGAUACAUUGUUUUACAAGCUCUUGAAGAAGAUGAAGAAAGAAUAGGCUUAACAUGA